AACAUGCACUUUCCCUUUGUGUUUGUUUAGGAAGGCGCUCCCUUUGCAAAUCAGAGAGUCCGACACAGCCAAAACGUCCGAAGGGUCUUCACAGCUUCAGCUUCAGCUCCUGGCCUGAGAUUCUUCUCUGGCAGGAGGACAGUUCCAGCCAAGAGGAGAAAAUGUGUCUUGUGCUUCGGGCAGGAACAAGCCUUUGAAAGAAGUGGGAAAAGCUGGUCUGGUGUUUUUGAGAAGUUACCCAGUUCCAGAUUAGUUGUUUGACAGCUCGGUUGGAAAUGGAGCCCAGAUCUAGAAGUCCGGAAGGAGAAGAAGGUCUGGAACGUGUAAGGAAAUCCUGCGGGGCUGAUCUUUCCAAAUGCGCAAAGAUGGAGCAUCGUGGGUGGAAGCUCUCGCAAGAAAUCAAACAGGAGUCUUUCAGAGGGAUGCAGCAGCACUGGAAAACCCAGUGGCAGGAAUUUCUUAAGACCCUGCCGUGUCCACACGUGGGAUGGGAGCAGGACUCGGAGAUUCUGGAAAAUGCGCCUUGGGAAGACCCCAAGGCCUUCCUGGCCUCCUUUGAGCAGGUGGCCACAGCCUGCCGCUGGCCCAGGGACCAGUGGGCGGCCCGUCUCCUGCCGGCGCUGAGCGGAGAAGCGGAAGAGGCCUUCCGGACCCUGGAAGCCAGAGACCAGGAAAACUACGAGAAAGUGAAGGCGGCCAUCUUGCGAGGGGAAGCCCUGAGAACGGAGGCGCAGCGGCAGCAUUUUCGGCAGUUCUGCUGCCAGGAGGUGGGGGAUCCCCGGAGGAUCCACAGCCAACUGCAGGAGCUCUGCCGCCAGUGGCUGAGGCCGGAGAGGCGCACCAAGGAGCAGAUCCUGGAGCUGCUGAUCCUGGAGCAGUUCCUGGCCAGCCUCCCACCAGAGCUCCAGAGCUGGAUCCGGGCAGGAGGGCCGGACACGUGCUCCCAGGCGGUGGCCCUGGUGGAGGACUUCCUGUUGAAGCGGGAAGAGGCCAAGGACUCAUUGCAGGAGGUGAUAACCAAGAAUUCCCUGGAUGAAGAAAGGGUUACCUUGGAUGUUGACCAGGAAGAGAUCUAUAAAGACAUGAAGCAGAACAAUAAUGGAGUUAUCCAUUUGUUGGGUAACGGAACUGAAGAAUCUGGUGAUUCCAGCUCCUUGCUUCCACCUGAAGGAGAUGAAACUGCUAAAGCUUCUCCUAGAAAGGAUCUCGUGAACCUGAAAGAAGCUGGUGUGUCGCUGAAUGUGGCUGAGCCGACCCCGAUCCAACCGGGCCAGCGGACUAUGUUCUGGCAGGUCAUGCAGGAGGAGGAUGGGGAUGCAGAUUCUUUGGAGGGACUGUUGGUGCCCAAACCAGACCUUGCCGCCAGUCCAGAUGAGGAAGAGGAGAAGAUCUUCAUCCAGUUUCCUGUCGAAAGUGAGAAAAUUCCAGGUCACGAAACAGGACCCAGUGACCCUCCAUCUUCGGACGCUGCGCCCAACCCAUCAGGAGGUGCCCUGUUCCCCCGGAGCGCCUCUUGCCCGCUCCGGGAUUUCACUGGCUCCCAUUGGAAGCAUCCCCGCUGGACAGAUGAUGAGAUCCAGGCUUUUAUUGAGAUCUGGGGGGACACAUCUGUACAGCGAGCCCUCUUCUCAAACUACAGGACCGUCUCUCAGUUCCAGUGGAUCUCGGGCCAGAUGAAGGCCCGUGGCUAUGACCGGAAUUGGCUGCAGUGCCGGGAAAAAGCCAAACAUCUCCGGAAAAGCUACAAGGACUGCCUGGGAGGGAAUAGCCAGUGGGGACCUGGGAGGCGAGCGUGGCCUUUUUUCAACCAGCUGAAUCGCUUCCUGCGCGUUGAGCAGGAUCUGGUGGUUCCACGGGAGAUACGGCACAACGAUGUCCAGCAUCGUCUCAUCGACCGCCGGCGCAAAAGAGUGAAGAACGCGGCUGGCCCGGCGGCUGAAGCUUUCCAGGUUCAGGUGGAGGCUUCUGGGCUGCCGAUGGUGGAAGCCCGUGAGCUGCAGUCCAAGAAACAGGCAGCGCAUCGCUCUCGCUUCCCCAACAGGACGGCGCACUCAGGAUGCCAGAAGCCACCGCUGACCAGCACUGAACGGACGAGGAACGUUUACGAGGCCCAACGGGAAAGGAGACCAGAUGUUGGCCAAGCCCAAGGAGGGGUGGUGGACUCUGUGGCGGGAAGCACCCUCAAGGGCCCGGCCCUGCAGGGGUCCCACAGGGCCGAUCCUGCCCCCUCUAGCGAGAUAGAGAAGGCGUGGGAAGAGUGCGAGAGAAAGGCUGUGGAGAAGCUGCAAGGCUACCUGCGCGAGAAGGGAUGGGAACUCCGGACUCGGCACUCCAGCCGGACGGGAAUUCUCCAGGAUGUCCUGUCCAUCGUGUGCAAGGGCCGCGCGGCUGCCUCUCGGCCCGUUCUCGCUGCUGCUGCUUCUGUCCAGGGGUCCCCCCUUUCUUCCAAAAGCCCCCGCUCUGAAGUACCAACAGAGGCAGGAGGAGUCUCAGCGGAGCCGUGCAAGGGCACCGCGGCCUCUUCGCCGCCCGCCUUUUCUCAGAGCAGCCAGGGCAGCUUGUCGGACAGAAGCAUUCGCCUGAAAAGGAAGCGCUCCCUGCCGGCACGGUUCCAGUGCUGACACCUCCUUGUUUUGUCCCUUUUGGUGCUGCAUCAGCCGGUUCCAUGGCCUGAGAAAGUUUGAAAAGCCUUGCUGACUGCUUUGAUUGUAUCUCUGGAAGGCGUAACACGCUCCUGAAGUUACUGAUCUACGACUUGAGAAUCCUCCUGGACUGGUUUGCUCAGUUGCAAUCCUACUGAGCGUGCGAGGCCCGGGCCUCAGUGGUCACGAUCUCAUCACUACCGGACUAGACUAUUGCAA